AUGUCGCAAGAACCAGAGCGUGCGGCGGUGACGGCCGCGUCCGGCGAGCUUCCGCCUGCCAAAAGGAAGAAGACAGAUCCGAGUUUUGCAGAAUGCUCGCCGGCGGUUCCGGCCAUGGCGACCGCAGGCUGGUCCACGCUCCCGCCCGACCUCGUCCGCCGCGUCGCCGACUCCCUCCUAGCCACCAACGACAUCGACUGCUACAUGGACUACCGCGCCGUCUGCUCCGGCUGGCGCGCCGCCACCGACGACCCCAGGAGCGACGCCACCGACCCCCGCUUCCGCCCGCGCCGCUGGAUCCUCCUCGACGAGGUCUUCCAGAGCCAAGGAAAAGAGAUGCUCCUGCUAAACAUCGACACCGGCCGUUUUCUCCGUAAGAAUCUCCCGCAGCUCGGGGAUUACCACGCCGUGGCCACCACUCACGGCGGCUACUUGGUCCUGGCGGAGAAAAGCCCUCCUCACGCCGCUCGCGUCCUCAACCCUCUUACCGGCGUCGUGAUCUCUUUCGCGGCGCCCGUGCCCCCCGAUGUGGGGAUUGCUGAUGUCACUUUCCCGCACGGCACUUCGCUCCGGCUCGCCGUGUUCUGCGACUCAUCUGGCGAGGCUUACGCGGCCGAUCCUCACAGUGAAAGUUUCAUCAGGCACGAGUAUGAGGAGCGAGCAACUUACGAUUUCUUCCGGAAGGCAGCUGUAGGUGGUGUCUACGCACGCAUGCCUUAUCACGCCCUUCUUUCCAAUUUCUUCUCCAGCAAUCAUCUUGGAGAUCCGUACAGCCUCGAGGGUUUCCUAGUGGGUUUGGAUGGGCAUAUAUGUGUCGUCUUGAAGAUCUUGGGCCCGCAUGGAGAAUUUUCUCUCAGUGCUUUCCAAUUUGACACCGAGACAGGUAUGAUCUGCCGUAUGAAGACCACAGGCACAUUUGCCAUCUUCAUCGGUGACCACAGGUGCUUGGCUGUCGAUACUCAUAAGUUCCCAGACACUGAGGCAAACUGCAUGUACUACACUGAACAUCAAGGACAUAUCUGCAAGUGCAACAUCAAGGACGGAAAAAUGGAGAAGAUCUCUGAAGCUGCAGAUUUCGUUAAGCAGGACAAACAGUUUGUCCUGGUCGCCGACCGUCCUUGCACCAUCAUCCACUUUCUCGCCAGCUACACAGUCAACAUCCCGGAUUCUCAGCUGGCCUUGCAACAGAUUCCAUAA